AUGCCGUGGCGUCCAGACGAGCCCGUGGAACUUCCCAAUGGCCGCCUAGUGUGUAGACAGCACAGACUCGUAAUUUGCGGCUACUGCACUGUGGACUACAGCUUCAUGGACGACGACGAUGACGACGAUGACGACGUAGAGACCUCAGACUCAAGCGACCACACGGACGGCUUCAUCGCUAUACCGAGAACAGGCUCAGAGCUCAGAGUCGGUACGGGGGGCGUCUUCCCCACGAAGUUCAUGCCCCCAAAUCCAAAUGACACCCCGAAGUCGCUUUUCCCACUCACCAAAACCGAGAAAGCCUUGCCACCUGUAUAUCGGUUCAUUCGCCGCAACAGCCAAAAAACCCAAUUCCUGGUUUACACGGACGGCGCGUGCUUAGACAACGGUGGUGCGAACCCAAGAGCUGGUUGCUCCUUUGUUUACAGGAAUUCUACGACGAACCCCCUACUCCAUGGCUUUGUAAAUUUCCCUCUCGAGAAAAGUGGACCCACUGGUAUCGCGAACCUGCAAACAAGCAAUCGGGCUGAGCUUCGCGCUGUCAUUGCAGCUACGCGCUUCCGCUACUGGCCUGGGGAAGGAUGUCGCUGUCUAGUCAUCGCUACUGAUUCCGAGUACGUGGUAGAGGGCAUAACGAAGUGGGUGAAAAAUUGGAUACAGAAGGACUGGAAAACAAGUGGCGGAACGCCAGUCAAAAAUAAGGACCUUUGGCAGUGUUUACUCGGGGAGGUGGAACGGUGGGAUGAGAGAGGAAUGCGUAUUCGAUUCUGGCGUAUUCCAAGAGAAUUGAAUACAGAGGCGGACGAGCUUGCUAAAUUAGCUGCUGAUAAGGAUGGCCCUCAGGAAUUUGAGGAUAUCAAGGGCGUCCUUGUUUGA